UAGGAAGCUGGAGCAGAGGUGUGUGUGGGUUCCCGACAUUGGAGCUGUGCGCGCUUUUGACAUCAUGGCAUCGGCCGGUAGUGCUGCCUAUUUCCAGAGAGCCAGUUUAUUGUGGAUGGUCGUCAUCACCCUGUCGAUGGGCUUCUUUGCAUUGACAGUCUUCUGGCCUACAAAGGUUCCGUAUGAGCAGCUUGGACCUCUUGGAUCACUCGUCCAGUAUCUGGUAAAGAACCACUAUAGCACCUUGUUUAACGGGUUCUGGGUGGCGUGGCUGUUACAUGUUGCUGAAGCUGCUUACAGUUUACGACUGUGCAGUGCAAAGGGAAUCACCGACUCUGGAGCCAGAACACAGUGGGUCCUCCAAACCUUCCUUUUUGGAAUCGCUUCGCUCUCUCUGCUUAUCACCUACAAGCCAGCGAAGAAGCGACGAUAGAGCAAGCAGAAGGACUGUAUGGAAAGCACGCUCUCAUGUGUUUUCUGGAUUGCAAUUCUUCAAUUGUUGACAUUUUAAAAGACCCGUUGUAUCAAUUCAUGCACAACCUCUAAGCUGCAGGGAUUUGAAAAUCAAUUUCAAUUUGAAAAUCUCUCCAUAACUGGCUCCUCUAUACCUGCUCGGCCUAACCUCAGAAACCACACG